AUGGCCACGCCAGGCGAGCCCUGCGCGGGGCGGGGGGUCUGGAACCACACGGAGCCCGCCGCUGCCCACCUGCUGAACCUGUGCUUCCUAAGAACAGCUGGGGUGUGGGUGCCCCCCAUGUACCUUUGGAUCCUUGGCCCUGUCUACCUCCUCUACAUCUACCGGCGUGGCAGGGGCUAUCUCCGGAUGUCCGCUCUCUUCAAGGCUAAAAUGGUAAUCGGGGCCACCCUGCUAGUCCUGAGUACCUCUAGGGUGGCUGUCUCACUUUGGAAAAUUCAGCGGAGAAUGCCUGAGGCCCCGGAAUUCUUAAUUCACCCCACUGUCUGGCUCAUCACGAUGACGCUAGCCCUGUUCAUUAUCCACGUGGAGAGGAAGAAGGGGGUCCAGGCUUCUGGGGUGCUUUUCGGGUACUGGCUGCUCUGCUGCAUCUUGCCGGCCACCAGCAUUGCCCAGCAGGCCUCUGGAGGGGGCUUCCAGAGCGAUCCUUUUCUCCACCUGUCCACCUACCUGUGUCUGACUCUAGUUGUAACGCAGUUUUUGCUGUCCUGCUUUGCGGAUCAACCCCCCUUCUUUCCUAAAGAACCCCAGCAGUCUAAUCCUUGUCCAGAGGCGGGGGCCUCUUUCCCCUCCAAGGUCCUGUUCUGGUGGAUUUCUGGGCUGGUCUGCAGGGGCUACAGGAGGCCGCUGAGACCAAAAGACUUCUGGUCGCUUGGGAAAGAAAACUCCUCAGAAGAACUUGUUUCUCAGCUGGAAAGGGAAUGGAUGAGAAACCGGGCAAGCUUCUCUCCUUCCCUUAGACACACCAAGGCCGCCAUAUUGGAAAGGAAAGGAGGCAGGGGAGCUGAGCCCCAGGAGACCGAGGCCUUCCUACGGAAAGAAGGAAGCAAGAGGGGCCCGCUGCUGGGCGCUAUCUGGCAGGUGUCCCGCUCAGCCUUCCUCCUGGGUACCCUCAGCCUUCUCAUCAGCGACGUCUUCAGGUUCACUGUUCCCAAGCUCCUCAGCCUGUUUCUGGAGUUUAUCGGCGAUCCUGAGGCCCCGGCCUGGAAGGGCUACCUCAUCGUUGUGCUGAUGUUCCUUUGUGCCUGCCUACAAACGCUCUUUGAUCAGCAGCACAUGUACAGGCUGAAGCUGCUGCAGAUGCGGCUGCGUGCAGCCAUCACUGGCCUGGUGAACAGAAAGGUCCUGGCUCUGUCCAGUGCCUCCAGAAACACCAGCGCAGUGGGGGACGUGGUCAACCUGGUGUCCGUGGAUGUGCAGCGGCUUAUCGAGAGCAUCCUGUACCUCAAUGGGCUGUGGCUGCCUCUCGUCUGGAUCGUCCUGUGCUUCAUCCUCCUGUGGCAGCUCCUAGGACCAUCUGCCCUCACAGCCAUUGCUGUCUUCCUGGGCCUCCUCCCUCUGAAUUUCUUCAUUACCAAGAAGAGGAACCACCAUCAGGAAGAGCAGAUGCGGCAGAAAGAUGCUCGGGCGCGUCUCUCCAGCUCCAUCCUCAGGAGUGCCAGGGUCAUCAAGUUCCACGGCUGGGAGGAGGCCUUCCUGGGCCGAGUCCUGCACAUCCGGGACCAGGAGCUGGGCGCCCUGCGGACCUCCGGCCUCUUGUUCUGCAUGUCCCUGGUGUCCUUCCACAUGUCCACGUUUCUGGUGGCACUGGUUGUGUUUGCUGUCCACACUCUGGUGGCUGAGGAGAAUGCCAUGAAUGCAGAGAAAGCCUUUGUGACUCUCACAAUUCUCCACAUCCUCAACAAGGCCCAGGCCUUCCUGCCGUUCUCCAUCCAUUCCAUUGUCCAGGCCCGUGUGUCCUUUGACCGCCUGGUCACUUUCCUGUGCCUGGAAGAAGUGGCCCCUGGUGCUGUGGACACACAUCCAUCCAGCUGCUCUGCCGGGGAGGACUGCAUCACUGUACGCCACGGCACCUUCGCCUGGUCCCAGGAGAGCCCUCCCUGUCUCCAGAGGAUCAACCUCACGGUGCCCCAGGGUUCUCUGCUGGCUGUCAUUGGUCCAGUGGGGGCAGGGAAAUCCUCCCUGCUUUCUGCCCUCCUAGGAGAGCUUUCCAAGGUGGAAGGAGCAGUGAGCACCAAGGGUCCCGUGGCCUACGUGCCCCAGGAGGCAUGGCUCCAGAACGCCUCGGUGGUGGAGAACGUGUGCUUCCAGCAGGAGCUGGACCCGCCGUGGCUGGAGCAAGUCCUAGAGGCCUGUGCUCUGUGGCCGGAUGUGGACCGCUUUCCCGCGGGAGUGCACACUCAGGUUGGGGAGCAGGGCAUGAAUCUCUCAGGGGGCCAGAAGCAGCGGCUGAACCUGGCCCGAGCCGUGUACAGAAAGGCGGCCGUAUACCUGCUGGAUGACCCCCUGGCGGCCCUGGAUGCCCGUGUCGGUCAGCACGUCUUCCACCAGGUCAUCGGGCCCAGUGGGCUGCUCCAGGGAACGACACGGGUCCUUGUGACUCAUGCGCUCCACAUCCUGCCCCAGGCUGAUCGGAUUGUGGUCCUGGUGGAUGGGGUCAUUGCAGAGAUGGGAUCCUACCAGGAGCUUCUGGACAGGAAGGGGGUCCUGGUGGACCUUCUAGGCCAGGCUGGGCAGCCAGGAGAUGGAGGAGAAGGAGAAACCGACCCUCCAACCCAUGCCGAGGAUUCCAGCGGCAACCCUGGAGGCGAGAAGUCCGCGGGCAGUUCCAAGAGGUUCAUCAAGUUAGUCCCUGAGGAGGACAUCACCACCUCAAAGGUCCAGACAAGGGUCACCUUAGAUGAGCCUGAGGGGACAGGACGGCCAGCAGAAGGAGACCACAUGCCAUACGGCAGGGUGAAGGCCGCCAUGUACCUGACGUACCUGCGGGCAGUGGGCGUCCCCGUCGGCCUCUACAUGCUCGUCCUCUUCCUCUGCCAGCAAGUGGCCUCCUUCUGCCACAGCUACUGGUUGAGCCUGUGGGCAGACGACCCCAUCGUGGAUGGGCGGCAGGUGCACGCUGCCCUGCGUGGCUGGGUCUUCGGGUUCCUCGGCUGUCUCCAAGCCAUCGGGCUGUUUGCCUCCAUGGCCAUGGUGAUCCUAGGCGGGGCUCGGGCAUCCCGCCAGCUCUUCCGGAGGCUUCUGUGGGAUGUGGUGCGAUCUCCCGUCAGCUUCUUUGAGCAGACGCCCACUGGGAACCUGCUGAACCGCUUCUCCAAGGAGACAGACACGGUAGAUGUGGACAUCCCAGACAAACUCCGCUCCUUGCUGACCUAUGUCUUUGGACUCCUGGAGGUCAGCCUGGUGGUGGUGGUGGCCACUCCACUGGUCCUUGUGGCCCUCUUACCGCUGUUCAUCCUGUACGCUGGGUUUCAGAGCCUCUAUGUGGCCAGCUCGUGCCAGCUGCGACGUCUGGAGUCAGUCAGACACUCGUCUGUGUGCUCCCACAUAGCCGAGAUGUUCCAGGGCAGCACAGUGAUCAGGGCCUUCCGGGCCCAGAGUUCCUUUGUGACUCAGAGUAAUGCACACGUGGAUGAGAGCCAGAGGGUCAGUUUCCCACGACUGGUGGCUGACAGGUGGCUCGCUGCCAAUCUGGAGCUCCUAGGGAACAUCCUGGUGUUGGCGGCUGCCAUGUGUGCUGUGUGGAGCAAGACCUACCUGAGAGCAGGCCUCGUGGGCUUCUCUGUCUCCACUGCCCUCCAGGUGACACAGACGCUGCAGUGGGCGGUCCGAAGCUGGACAGAGCUGGAAAGUGGCAUUGUGGCGGUGGAGAGAAUGAAGGACUACUCCCAAACACCUAAGGAGGCCCCCUGGAGGCUGCCCACCUGUGCAGCCCAGCCCCCCUGGCCUCACGCAGGGCAGAUUGAGUUCCGGGGCUUUGGGCUGCGGUAUGGGCCUGAACUCCCACUGGCUGUGCGAGAUGUGUCUGUCAGAAUCCACCCAGGAGAGAAGGUGGGCAUUGUAGGCAGGACAGGUGCUGGUAAGUCCUCCCUGGCCGGGGGUCUGUUGCGGCUCCUGGAGGCAGCAGAAGGCAGGAUCUGGAUCGACGGGGUCCCCAUCGACUGUGUGGGGCUACACACACUGCGGUCCAGAAUCACCAUUAUCCCCCAGGACCCCAUCCUGUUCCCUGGCUCUCUGCGGAUGAACCUCGACCUGCUAGAUGAGCACACAGACGAGGCCAUCUGGGCGGCCCUGGAGACCAUGCAGCUCAAAGCCUUGGUGGCCAGCCUGCCCGGUCAGCUGCAGUACAAGUGUAUCGACCAGGGGGACAACCUGAGCGUGGGCCAGAAGCAGCUCCUGUGUCUGGCUCGCACCCUGCUCCGGAAAACCCAGAUCCUCAUCCUGGAUGAGGCGACGGCAGCCGUGGACCCUGGGACGGAGCGUCAGAUCCAGGCGGCCCUCAGGAGCUGGUUUGCUCAGUGCACAGUCCUCUUCAUUGCCCACCGCCUGCGCUCGGUGCUGGAUUGCGCCAGAGUGCUGGUCAUGGACAAGGGGCAGGUGGCGGAGAGUGGCAGCCCAGCCCAGCUGCUGGCCCAGAAAGGCCUGUUUUACAGAUUGGCUCAGGAGUCAGGCCUGGUCUGA